CCGAGUCUAGUCUGGACCGCGGCGUUGGCAUUCUACUUUGUACUAAUCGUCGCCGCGCACCUGCGAAGAUACAAAAGUACGACGCAGCCCUGCUACCUAUGGUUGACCAUUGCUAUCCAGACACAUGACCACCGGUCUGAUGCGGAGAUUCUCAAGCUCAGCCCGCACCCAGCUUCCGCGAUCCUCGAGCACCUCUCUGUCCGCGCCCCGGCUGCUGGGCCUCAAGCAGUGCCAGCGCCACCUGACGGAUGCGCGCCCACGCCAGGCGAGUGCAGCGGCAGGCCGCAGCUGGUUCACGAGCUCGACGGCGCGCGCGCACGAGCUCGACGAGCGCGAGCAGAAGCGCUUGCUCGAGCGCAAUCUGAAGCUGGGAAACACUAUCCGCGUGCUCCACGACGCCCUGCCCAACCUCCUCAACUCGCCGCUCCCCUCGGACAUUCUCUCGCCGCACAUCAGCCUGCACCUGUUCCCGUCGACACACCCGCACCUCCCCACCGUGCGCGGCCGACUCGCCUACACGGCAGCGCUCUGGACGGCGCCCGUGGCAUGGGGCCGCGUGCCGGUGCUGGGCAACGUGAAGCUGAAGAUGCUGUCGGAGCGCAUGGUCAAGAGCGGCUCGGCGUCGCAGGCCGCGCUGCGCAACGAGAAGCUCAUUGUGAAGUGGCAGACGUGCGGCAAGACGGAUCGCACGCAGAGCGAGGGCGGGGGCAGCAGACAUGUCAGCGAGACGUUUGAGAGCGUGCGCAAUAUUGUGCGGCGCGGCAGAGAGGAAGACGAGUUCACGGGCUUGUUUGUGUUUGAGUUUGAUGACGAGGGGCGCAUUGCCAGUCACACGAUUGAGCACACCGAGGAGGGCCACACUUGGGACAGGACGGCCAAGUUCAUCAGCGUGACGGACUGGUUGCUGGGGCGGGCGUGGGGGAGGCGCGAGGAGACGCCGAGUCUGGCGUUUGCGCGGGCGAAAGCUAGGAGGUGAAGUCGCGUUUCUGUAUACCCCACUCUCUGAUUUGGCGUUGUGGAGUCUGCCAUCUUGGGCGUUGCAUGUAUCGAUACGCUGUACAAAACCUGCAGUCACGACGAGACGAGUCUCUGUUGUAGCAAGCAAUGGACAUGUCAUGUUUAGGUCGUGUGUAGGUCGUGUGUAGGUCGUGUUUAGUAAAGGCCAGGAACCUGGAGUGGUGCAGGAGCCUGGGGUGAGUGACUGCCAGGGUGGGUGACUGCCAGGGUGAGUGACAGCCACAGGUGAGUGACUGCCAGGAGUAAGUAACAGCCACAAGCAAGUAACAGCCAC